GGUCUGGUCGGUCUGUCAAACUCCGUGGGGAGAGGAAUUGGCAAAGCAUCGUACCGCGCUGCAACGUGUACCCAACCGAGAUCCCGAGCGACCAUCACUCCUCUUCCCACGGGCAGCAUCACACAGCAAGUACACAAACAAGGAUUGCGACAGUAUCAGAGCUUGACGACACCUUGACGACACGAGUACACACCCGACACAGCCAUACGAAGACCGAUUCCCCGACUUCGCAAUGUGGAUCACGCGACUCGUCUCCAUGACCAACUUCGCCGUGGCUUCGUCGGCACUCGGUUUCCAGGUCUUCGUUCUGUACCCCUGGCACGAGCAGCUGCAGCGCGACUUUGAGGACCUCAAGAAGGAACACCUGCGAGUCCUGGAUGCCAUCCGUGACAUGGAUGUCGAGGUCAAGCACGAAGCGAGCCGGUCCGUCUUGCAGCGGCUAGGAUGGCGCCAAUAAUGGAGGUCAAUUUUGGAUGAGAAACGAACAGACGAUCUUGGGAGUGUAGAAAACUAGAAAUACCCAGUCUUGCGACUCCAAUCGAUUGCCAGCAGAUUCUUAGCCAGCGCUUUUGCAGAAUUGCAGUGCCGAAGACC